AUGAAGACCAUACUUGCUGUUGCUUUCCUCGUCGCUGUUAUCGUGGCUGAACCGCCGCCGGCACCGUCUCACAGUUACCUCCCACCACCUUCUGGAAACCAGGGCGGACCUUACCAGGGUACUGGACCGCAACUGGUAUCCGCCAGAGGUCAAGAAGAACAUAACCCUCACAGCCAUCAUCAGGGCAAUGGAUUUGCCAGAAGUAGUCCCCAUGGACACGCUCAAGGCAGAUUCUCAAACAACGGAGACCAAGGUUACGACCGGAAUGCGGCUCCGUUUGGCAGGAACUCACUUGAUGAUGCCAAUCCAGAACCCGCAAACUACAACUUUGGAUACAUGGUGAAUGAUCACCAAGAGGGUACUGAUUUUGGGCACCAUGAAGAGAGACAGGAGGAGAAAGCUAUGGGAGAGUACCAUGUUGUGUUACCUGAUGGGAGAAAGCAGACUGUAAGCUACGAAGCAGAUGAGCGUGGUUUCAAGCCCCAAAUCUCGUACGAGGACGGCGAAUCAGAUUCAUUCGGCCGCUCCAAUGGCUACGAUUCCAACGCCAACAAUGUCCGCAGCAAUGGCGGCAAUCACCAUGGCAACGGGCGACAUGGUUUCUGA